AUGAUCACACGAAGAUGGUUUCACCCAGCACUAUCAGGAGUGGAAGCGGAAAGAAUACUCAUGGAAAAAGGUCACGACGGCUGCUUCUUAGCACGGCCAAGCAUGAGUAAAAGAGGGGACUUUACUCUUUCCGUGCGUCGAGGUACUGAUAUAACUCACAUCAAAAUACAGAAUAAUGGCGAGUUCCUCGACCUCUAUGGCGGUGAAAAGUUUGCCACGUUGUCUGAACUCGUUCAGCACUACAUGGACAAUCAGUGUCAACUCCGGGAAAAGAAUGGUAACAUUAUCAAGUUGAAAACUCCACUUAACUGUGCCGACCCUACGACCGAGCGCUGGUACCAUGGACAACUUACUGCCAAGGAAGCCGAGAGGAUCAUGUUAGAAAACGGGAAAAACGGUUCAUUCCUUGUUCGAGAGUCACAGCGGCAGCCUGGCGAUUAUGUGCUAUCGGUGCGGACGCGUGAUAGGGUAACACAUGUUAUCCUCCGUAAGCAGGACGAUAAGUACGACGUCGGUGGUGGCCAGCAGUUCAACGAUUUGGUUAGUCUCAUAGAUCAUUAUCGUAACUUUCCCAUGGUUGAGACCACAGGCGAGGUUUUACGGUUAAUACAGCCAUUCAAUGCCACACGUAUCCAAGUUAGACAUUUCCACACUCGGGUAAAACAACUUCAAAAAGAAAACGAAGGACCUAUUGAGAGUAUGGCGUAUAAAGCAGGAUUUUGGGAAGAAUUUGAAACAUUACAAAUGAUGGAAAACUUACAAUUAUUUGAUAGAAUGGAGGGAUCUAAACCCGAGAACAUAAGAAAAAAUAGAUACAAGAAUAUAAUUCCGUUUGAUCGAACUCGAGUAAUCUUGAGGGACAUACCUCCAGACGCCCCACCCGGUUCUGACUACAUAAACGCUAAUUAUAUUCGCUGCGACUGUUACGAUCUGAGCCCCGAUCACGACACUGAUAGUGGUAAUUUUGAAAACGGAUCUUUAAGUAGGGACGGCACGCCUUCUAAAAAUAAAGAAAAGUCUUCUCCACAACACACCCUCGUAGUCACGGAAGAAGACGAAAAUUCAGGUGCAAAUAAUAAAGGACAAGUUUACGGAUCAAAUUCGCCACCAGCCUUUGAACCGAGCGUACUCAUUCGCAGCAAUCCGAAUUACGUAAACACAACUAUACCAAAAUCUGCAGAAGAAACUGAAAAUGGUGUUGUAGAUCACGUUUAUAACAAAAUUUACAUCGCCACUCAAGGUUGCUUGUCCUCCACAAUUUAUCCCUUCUGGUCUAUGAUAUGGCAAGAGGACGUUCGCAUCAUUAUAAUGACCACAAAGGAGAUCGAACGCGGCAAAGUGAAAUGCGAGCGAUACUGGCCCGAACUCCAUAAAACUGAAGUUUUUAAAAAGUACACUAUUUACAACGAAUUCGAAUCAUCUACUCCAGAUUACACAUUACGACGCUUUGUAGUUACGAAAAAGGAUGAAGCAGCUAAAAGAACCAUUUAUCAUUUUCAUUUUACGGCGUGGCCCGAUCAUGGGGUCCCGUCGGAACCGGGGAGAGUUUUGAAUAUAUUAUUAGAUGUAAACUAUAGGUUACAACAAAUUAUGACCGGGCCUGAUCCUCCCGUGCAAGUUGUAGUGUGCGUACAUUGUUCCGCGGGUAUCGGUAGGACGGGCACUUUUAUAGUAAUCGACAUGAUCCUAGAUCAAAUAAGAAAAGAAGGUUUCGACUGUGAAAUCGAUAUACAUCGUACUGUUCAAAUGGUCCGAGACCAACGGUCUGGUAUGGUACAAAACGAAGCGCAAUAUAAGUUUAUUUACAUGGCGGCUUUAGAAUUUAUUGAAACGGAAAAGCAGAGAGGUCUAAGUCGGCAAGUAGAGUCGAAGAAAGACUCGCCACGCGUUCGAACACAUCCGGUUCCUUUUUUAUGA